AUGUCUCAGCCCGCUCAAAAAGCCGUCACCCAAUCCCUAGUCAGCCGUUAUGUCAAUAAAGAAACAUUAAAGUACGUUUUCACAACACACUUCUGGGGUCCAGUUUCUAAUUUUGGGAUUCCACUCGCUGCCAUCUAUGACUUGAAGAAAGACCCCGAAUUGAUUUCAGGUCCAAUGACUACAGCCCUGAUCCUAUACUCGUCCGUCUUCAUGAAGUUUGCCCUUACCGUACAACCUAAGAAUUACUUGUUGUUUGGUUGCCAUGUUGUGAACUCAUUGGCACAGACUGGCCAAGGGUUCCGCUUUGUCAACUAUCAUUACCUCGGAGGUGCGGACGCGAAAACCACUGACGCAGCGGCCAGCAAACCGGCAGCACCACAAUGA